UCUCCUCCCACCAUUUUCUUUCUCUCUGGUGAAUUGUUGGAGAUCCCGCAUGGCUUCCAUCUCUCUCAAUUGAUUCCUCUCUCUCUCUCUCUGUUUCUUUAUCACUUGUUCAUUCAAUUCUUGAAAACCCCAGAUCCCCCUUUCUUGUUUCUUACUUGUUUGUUAGGUAUGAUGUCUUCCCUCCGCCCAGAUCUGACCAACAAAAUCUACCCUGAACCGUCCUCCUUCACCUUCUCCUCGCCGGAGGAACCUGUCGACCAUUUUGACCUUCUCCCGGACUCUCUCCUCCUCCUGGUCUUCAACAACAUCGGGGAUGUCAAAGCCUUGGGUCGUUGCUGCGUUGUUUCCAAGCGAUUUCAUACCCUUGUUCCGCAGGUUGAAAACGUCGUCGUGCGUGUCGACUGCGUUAUAUCUGAUGACGACGCCACCUCCGCCUCCGCUGCCUCUGAUAAAUCUCGUGGACCCUUUUCCAGUCUCGUGAGACUCGUCGUUGGAGGAAUCGUUAAGCCCAUCCAAGCUCUUGGCCAGUUCUUGGGACCCAAGAGAUCCUCGUCGUCGUCUUCAUCCUCGCCUUCUUCGUCUUCGUCCUCGUUAUCCGUCGGAAACAACGUUGAUGGUGAUGAUGAUCUUGAACAAGGAGGUGGAGUUACUCACCAUUCUCCUACACAGGUUCUCAAAAACUUUAACGAGAUUCGAUUUCUUAAGAUCGAGCUUCCAAGCGGCGAAUUGGGGAUCGAAGAUGAUGUAUUAUUGAAAUGGAGGGCGGAUUUUGGAUCGACCUUGGAUAACUGCGUCAUGCUCGGCGCUUCCUCCGUGAUUCACCCCGAGAAUUUUACAUCUAGUGACAGUAGCUUCGAUGGAGUAUGUGGGAUUAACGGGAUUGGGGUUGGGAAUGAUGAUAAUGGGAGUAUACCCGAAUCGUUUUACACCAAUGGUGGUUUGAAAUUACGGGUAGUGUGGACUAUAAGCUCAUUGAUUGCAGCAUCAGCAAGGCACUACUUGCUUCAACCCAUAAUUGCUGAGCAUAAGACAUUAGAUUCGUUGGUUUUAACAGAUGCAGAUAGACAAGGGGUGUUGUGUAUGAACAAGGAACAGUUAGAGGAGUUGAGGGUGAAGCCAUUGUCAGCUUCUUCAGCUUCAAAGAGAACCCUUGUGCCAGCUUUGAAUAUGAAGCUCUGGUAUGCUCCAUAUUUGGAACUACCUAAUGGGACUGUUCUCAAAGGAGCUACAUUGGUGGCAAUUAGGCCUAGUGAGCAGUCAGGACAGAAGGAGGUUUCUGAUGGCUCAUGGGUUUCAUCUGCUUUUGAGGAGCCUUAUGGAACUGCUGCCAGGAUGUUGGUCAAGAGGAGGACUUAUUGCCUUGAGAUGAAUUCCUUCUGAGUUUUCAUGGCUUCCUAAAGGCAUUAGCUUUAUGAUGGCUUUGGGAGUUGAGGAUUCUUGAAGGCAGUGAAAACACACAAAUUUGUUCUGCAUGUAGCUUACUCUAUAUAUAUGAGCUUUGAUGGUACGAAUGUUACUUACCUUGCAUACUUUGGUGAAGUGACCGUCCGUGGUUGAGACAAAGACUGUCACAUUUGGUGCUUCAACUGAUGGUUGGUAUCGGGUAUGUUUCAAUUUGUGUAUGGGAGGAAAAAGCGAGAAAACAGUUGCUGGUGGAUGGUGUUGUAAGAGCUUCUGUGGUUCUGUGUUUCUAGUCAUCUAUAUUUUAUACGAUCUUUAUUUCUGUGAAUAUUUAUAGGGGUAUGAAACAUGAGUAGUGUUUAUAUGUGGCUGUAAACGUUCAUUCAUUCAGCAAUGUUACGCUCAAACUGGCUUCCUUUCUUUCUGUAGAUUUUUCUGUUCUACUUUCAAGAUCUUCUCUGAAGUAUUGAUUCUUGAGUUGUUUGUGGUAGACUUGUUGCUACUUCAUUAGUGUAGUUCCCAUGUUUUUGUUAUAAUACAGAUAGUGUGGUUGUAUCUAUGAGUUGUAUCAAUCACAUUGGAUUAAGGCAAUGGUUUGCUUGUUCAGUUCUUG